AUUUUACUGGUACGAGCUUCUCCAGAAGUCUGCGACGUCGAGUACCAGGUUCAUCAGAUUUUACACCAUUUAAUCGUAAAAAUUUAUGCAUAGAAACCUCAAAGAAAUCAUUAUCGGACAUAAGUAACAAUGAAAAACUAAUGAGUAAAGUUGUAAUAUUAAAGGAAGAUGAUGAAGUGCAAAUAGAUGAAAGCGAAAAUAAAAAAAUAUAUCAAACACAUAUCCAAAGUACUUCCAAUAAUUCGUUAACACCAAAUUCAUUAACGAAUGUCCAUAGGGGGUUACACAAGCCGAACCCUAUUUUGCAUGCAUCAAAUACAAACUUAAAAACCCUACCAGAAUUUCUUACUUUAGUGGAGUUCACUUCUAGUCCGAAAAGUUGUGACUUUCCAUUAAAACAAAAGUCAAUGGAUCUGCCAACGACUUUGGCACAACCACAAAUUGUACGCACAAAAAACACAAAUUCAAGUUCAUCUACAAAUUUACUUCAACGCAGAGGAUCCAAUCAUAGUCUCACUCUAAACUUAAGCUUACACGGCUCGUGUAGUAAUCUUUUAGGCAGCUGCCGUACUGGUUUAAGUGCAUCAAACUAUAGUCUCGGUUCUGUUGGAAACUCUACAACAAAUCUCAACUCUAAAUCAAGUUAUAAUUUAGAUCAAAGUGUUUCAAGCACCCCACAUCCUUUGAAUAUUACACACACGAACUCAAAUACCACACAAGGAGCCAGACAAAGUUUAUUCAGACGUCGGGGUUCCAAUCACAGUCUUACAUUGAAUAAUCUCAGUGCAACUUCUUGCGGUAACUUAAAAACUUUUGUCAGUCAAAAUUCUCUAAACGUAGAUAGAUGUCAAACGCACCUUACAAGCGGAGUUACUAGAACAACCUCUUUUGUAACACCAACUAACAAUACACCGAGUAAUACUACACCUAAACGUGGCGGUUUACUUGAGAGAAGAGGUUCAAAUCAAAGUCUUACACUAAAUAUGAGUAGCUCAUUCGGUGGUAUAGGCGGCACAGAGCGCAGCCUGUAUUUAGGUGAUUCAUCUGCUAUCGAACCAGAUAUUCAAAUAAAAUUGCCUUCAAACUGCUGUGCUGAAACUCAUCAGCGAAAAUUUUUCAGUAGCGAAAAUCUUAACAAAGGUAACAAACAGUUUGCAGACCUUAACCAAGCGCACAAACGUGAUGCCAACCAGGUGUGCUACGGUUCAGUUUCAGACCUAAAUCCCAGUGUUGCACACGCACAAGAUACCAAGCGCGAUCAUUUUAAUUUUGAGGAGAGCACUGUAUGCAAUUGCACGGGGGUACGAAAUAUUAUGACACGUCCGUUGUCGCCACAAACCACUAGUGAGGAGUUUAAAAUGUAUCUUGCAAAUAUACAGAUGCUACAAAACGCGUCAAAUGCACUGAGCCAAAUCGAUCUUAUUAAAUUCAAUUAUUUAUUCGACAGCAGUUACACAACUAACAGUAAAAGUAUAGUUGAACAUCAACUUCCUGUUUUAAGUGCACACCAUAACAACAAAGAAACUGAGACUCCUAUUAGUGGCCUACUAUCCACUUCAGAAGAUAGUGAAGUAGCUACAAGAUACCAAGAUGUGAUCAGUACUAUUUCAGAAAAUAUAAAACCGGAUGAUCUUGAACAGAAACGCUUAUUUCGGGAAUUGCACAAGGAAUUCUGGGACUUACCAUUAAAUCAUCAGGAAAAACCCAUGGUUUUUGGUUCCCAAGCUAAAAAUAGAUAUAAAACAAUUUUACCAAAUGAAAAUUCACGUUUUAUUUUAGAAAAAGAACUAAUACCCAUACCCAAAGAUAUCGAUGAUGCGUUAGUGACGGAUGAACCAAAGCUGUCCUAUACAACAGAUGAAGUUCCAUACAUUAAUGCCAACUAUAUAAAGGGUCCAGAUUAUACAUCUAAAGGUUAUGUAGCUACCCAAGGUCCUUUACCAAAUACCACCUUCGAAUUUUGGCUUAUGAUCUAUCAAAACACACAAAAACAUAUACAUGUUUCAGAUAGAACUAUAACCACUCAUACCGGCAUCAAAGAGAAUCACAUUUUACCACAGUAUUUUCAAAAAAUCGUGAUGCUAACCAAUUUCUUGGAAAAUAAUCGUCAAAAAUGCGCUAUUUACUUUCCAGUGGAACUAAAUGAAAUUUUUAUUACUACAAAUAAACAAGAGACCGUAACAGCAAAUAAAGAACUACAGGAGUUUUUGAAACCAUUUUUAAAUCAAAACGAUGAAUUACCAUAUCCAAAUAAAACGCAUUUUGCGGAACAAAGCGUUUGUUUCGAAUCAUUUGAGACGGACCUCAAUGAUGAAAUAUAUGCGUUCUUCCCACGCGUUGCCAACUUUUUCGUAAUUAAAAAUAUUGGAAUUGUUAAAAAGAACGGAUUUUCUAUACGAAAAUUUGUUAUACUCUACUGUCUCAAUUACCAUUUGCCGGACUAUAAUGUCAACCGUAAUAAACUUCUUAUACAGAAGUUUUAUAGUUAUCACUAUUGGUAUCCCGAUUGGCCGGAUCAUCGCUCACCUAGAGACGUAAAUACUUUGGUUGACAUGUGUUUGCAUUUAUUGAACUUGGGCAAGUGUGAGAAAGAAUUCGAAACAUACUGCGAAGAUAGUGUAACACCGACUCAACAAAUACAUAUAGAACCACAACAAGUUGCUCUAUAUCAACAGGAUAUCUUUAACUCAAUGCAACCAUUUCCAGUGAUACACUGUUCUGCUGGAAUUGGUCGCACUGGUUGCUUAACCGCAAUUCUUAAUGGCAUACGUCAAUUACGUCAAUCUCUUGCCUAUUCAUUGACUUCAAUGGCAGCUGCGGUCACAAAGGAGGCUGCAUUAAUGCAAGUACUUAGCCCUGUAGAUUUUAGUCUACCGAAAUGUUUUAUAGAUGCAAUUAAUGAAAGUGGAGACAUAUGCCAAAUGAGUAAUGAUACUGAUAGCAAUUUUACGCGUAAUACAUUGCUUUAUAUAAAAUAUAUUUUGAAUUAUAAAGAGAAGGACUCAAAACAGGUCCCCAAGAAAGAGGAAAAAGAAACGAUAAUUGAAAUCAGACCGAAUCAUUUCACCGGAAAUGAACUGCCCUCACUCUCAUCUUUAGCAAAAUUGCCAGACAUCUUUGUGGAUAUAUUGGGCAUAGUAUGUAACUUGCGUCUUCAACGUGGCGGGAUGGUUCAGAACUCGGAGCAGUACGAAUUAAUACACCGAGCCAUUUGUUUGUAUCUUAAGAGAACGUUUGCAUUAAAACGUUUUUAAUUUUUUUUUUUUGUUUUUGUUUUUGUUCAAAUAAGCUUUAUCCGUAGGUUUAUUGAACAUCAUUGAUAGGGAAUGUAUGUGUGAUAAAGUAACAUGACUACAAAAUAUACCAUAUGCUAUAUGUAUAUAGGUGACUUUGGUAAAGUUUUUGUUUUUAAAAUGAAUCCCAAUUUUAUGAAUAUGUAUACAAUGUAUUUUUGUGUGUGUGUAUGUAUGUUAUUCAUGUACUUCUAUAGAAUUGUACUAUAGAACAUUUAUUUUGCUCUCUCUUAACUGAAUGUGUAGUUUUUUUUUUGUCGUUUGUAUUUAUAAAUUUUAUUUUACUUACAUUAAGAAGAAAAUAAUUUUUUUUUUAAAUUGAAUAACCAAAUUAAAUAAUUAAGUUGGGAUUUGCUUAAAUUGUACUUUUUGUCACAAAGGAAAUUCAAAUUUCUUUAUAAAUUAUUUGUAUAUUUUAGUUAUAAGUGAAAAUACUAGUCAAAUAAAUAGUAAUGUAAAA